CACUAUUUCGGCGGAUCGUCGAGCUUCUGGUGACACAGGGUUCCUUUUAGGCUUCGUGAGAAAUGGAGGCUGAGAAUGAUACGAAGAGCGACAAAGCUGCUGAUUCUCCAACUUCCGUUCUUGUAGAAGAGGAAAUUUGUAAGGAGGAAGGCAGAGUUGAAAUUGAGGACGGUGGAAGCUUGACUGGUGCGAAAAAUGGAGACUCUUUUCUAAUAUCAGGAACAAUGGCCGAGGAGGAAGGGAAACUAGAAGAAGCCCGAGUGAAGCAAGAGGAUGCUGAAAGGGAAAAGGAUAAUGGGAGGGAAACUGUCAUGGAUGAUACCCAAUUCACCAAAUUGGACGAGCUCCUGACACAGACCCAGCUCUACUCAGAAUUCCUCUUGGAAAAAAUGGAGGAUAUCACAUUGAAUGGAGUAAAGGGUCAAAAUGAAGAGAAUGCUGAUGGGAAGAAAAGAGGUCGUGGUGCAAAGAGGAAGGCUGCCGUUGACCACAACAAUAGGAAAGCCAAGAAAGCAGUUGCAGCCAUGAUAACGAGAUCCCAGGAAGGAACAGCUCCUGAAGAUGCAAACCUGACUGUGGAGGAGAAAGCUGAAAAAGAACAAGCUGAACUUGUGCCAUUGUUGACUGGAGGGAAAUUAAAGUCUUAUCAAAUCAAAGGUGUUAAGUGGUUGAUUUCAUUGUGGCAAAAUGGGCUAAAUGGGAUCUUAGCAGAUCAAAUGGGGCUUGGCAAGACAAUUCAAACUAUUGCAUUUCUUGCCCAUUUGAAAGACAAGGGCUUGCACGGACCAUACUUAAUAAUAGCUCCUCUUUCUACACUCUCAAAUUGGGUAAAUGAGGUUUCAAGGUUUGUUCCUUCAAUAAGUGCAAUUAUUUACCAUGGAGAUAAGAAAGAAAGGCAGGAGAUCAGAAACAAGUACAUGCCCAAAGUAGUUGGUCCUGAAUUUCCCAUCAUAGUGACCUCCUAUGAGGUGGCAAUGAAUGAUGCAAGAAAAGUUCUCAGGCACUACAGUUGGAAAUAUCUUGUGGUAGAUGAGGGGCAUCGGCUGAAGAAUACAAAAUGCAAAUUACUGAGAGAAUUGAAUUUAUUGCCGGUUGAAAAUAAGCUCCUAUUAACUGGAACCCCUCUCCAGAACAGUUUGGUGGAGCUUUGGUCAUUGUUGCACUUCAUUUUGCCCGAUAUUUUUUCAUCCCUGGAAGAAUUUGAGUCAUGGUUUGAUCUGUCAGGAAAGUGCAACAGUGAAGCCCGGCAGGAUGAGUUGGAGGAGAAGAGAAGGCUUCAAGUGAUAUCAAAACUUCAUGCAAUAUUGAGACCUUUUCUCCUUCGAAGAAUGAAAUUGGAUGUUGAGAAGAUGCUUCCCCGGAAAAAAGAAAUUGUUUUAUACGCUACCAUGACUGAGCACCAAAAGAACAUUCAGGAUCAUUUGGUUAAUAAGACAUUGGGAAACUACUUACAGGAGAAAUCAAAUUACAUGUCUGGUAUGAAAGGAAAGCUGAAUAAUUUGUUUCUUCAACUUCGGAAGAAUUGCAACCAUCCUGACCUCUUGGAAUCAGUUUUUGAUGGAUCAGGCACAUAUCCGCCAGUUGAACAGUUGGUGGAGCAGUGUGGCAAAUUCCGCUUGCUGGACAGACUACUGUCACAACUAUUUGCUCGCAAGCACAAGGUUCUGAUAUUUUCACAGUGGACUAAGAUAUUGGACAUAAUGGAUUAUUAUUUUAGUGAGAAGGGGUUUGAAGUUUGUAGGAUAGAUGGCCAUGUGAGGCUGCAAGAAAGGAAAAGACAGAUUCAGGAGUUUAAUGACAUAAACAGCAAUGUUAGAAUAUUUCUUCUCAGCACCAGGGCUGGUGGUCUGGGUAUCAAUCUCACUGCAGCUGAUACCUGCAUACUUUAUGACAGUGAUUGGAAUCCUCAAAUGGAUUUGCAGGCAAUGGAUAGAUGCCACAGGAUUGGGCAGACUAGGCCUGUUCAUGUUUACCGGCUUGCAACAGCCCAAUCUGUAGAGGGUCGCAUAUUAAAGAGAGCUUUCAGUAAGCUGAAGCUUGAGCAUGUUGUGAUUGGAAAAGGUCAAUUCCAGCAAGAAAGAACCAAAGCGAACACUUCGGAGGUCCUUGAGGAAGAGGGUUUGUUGGCUCUCCUUCGAGAUGAAGAAGAUGCUGAAGACAAGCUGAUUCAGACAGAUAUCAGUGAUGAAGAUCUUCACAAAGUUUUGGACCGCAGUGAUCUGAUUGCUAACCCUUCUAGUGAUGGUAAAAUAGCAGUUGAUGCUAUUCCCCUUAAAGGUCCUGGUUGGGAGGUGAUAACACCAACUUCAAGUGGAGGCAUGUUGUCUGAACUGAAUAGCUGACACGGGAUUUGUUUUUGGUGGUGGGGGGGGGGG